CCCUCGUUAUUUAAGAAACCGAACUGAGAUUUUAAGCUUCUUUUACUUUACCUCCUCCUCAGUAAAAGAGAACUUUUUCUACUCACCUGUUACCAGAUUUACGAAAAAGAAAAAAGAUCUUCAAGCCACUGCAUGACCAUUUGUUUUUGGAAUAACAGAACCGCUUUAAGAUCUGAAAAUGCCCAAACCGCUCAAUGUUCGAGUUACCACUAUGGAUGCAGAGCUGGAGUUUGCCAUCCAGCCCAACACCACAGGCAAACAGCUAUUUGACCAGGUGGUUAAGACAAUAGGGUUGCGGGAAGUAUGGUACUUUGGUCUUCAGUAUACGGACAACAAAGGAUUCCUGACUUGGCUGAAACUUGAUAAAAAGGUCUCUGCUCAGGAAGUAAAAAAGGAAAAUCCCCUCCAGUUCAAAUUCCGUGCCAAGUUCUUCCCUGAAGAUGUGUCUGAAGAGCUGAUCCAGGACAUCACCCAGAAGCUGUUCUUCCUGCAGGUGAAGGAAGGGAUCCUCAGUGAUGAGAUCUACUGCCCACCUGAAACAGCAGUUCUGCUUGGCUCGUAUGCAGUGCAAGCCAAAUUUGGUGACUACAAUAAAGAAGCACACAAGCCUGGGUACCUCAAUUCAGAGCGCCUGAUCCCUCAACGAGUAAUGGACCAGCACAAACUUUCCAGGGAGCAGUGGGAAGAACGGAUUGAGGUCUGGCAUGCUGAACAUGGUGGAAUGCUGAAAGAGAAUGCAAUGCUGGAAUAUCUAAAGAUUGCUCAAGAUUUGGAGAUGUAUGGGAUCAACUACUUUGAAAUCAAGAAUAAGAAAGGAACGGAUUUGUGGCUGGGAGUAGAUGCUCUGGGCCUGAAUAUUUAUGAGAAGGAUGAUAAAUUGACCCCAAAGAUUGGCUUCCCCUGGAGUGAAAUCAGAAACAUCUCUUUCAAUGACAAAAAGUUUGUUAUAAAACCUAUUGACAAGAAGGCACCUGAUUUUGUGUUUUAUGCACCUCGUCUAAGAAUUAAUAAGAGGAUCCUGCAGUUGUGCAUGGGCAACCAUGAGCUGUACAUGCGCCGCAGGAAGCCUGACACCAUUGAGGUCCAACAGAUGAAGGCUCAAGCCCGUGAGGAGAAACACCAGAAACAGAUGGAAAGGCAACAGUUGGAAAAUGAGAAGAAAAAGAGAGAGACCAUUGAAAGAGAAAAGGAGCAGAUGUUGAGGGAGAAAGAGGAGCUGAUGGUGAGACUGCAAGAAUACGAAAUAAAGACCAGGAAGGCUGAGAAAGAGCUCUCAGAUCAGGUCCAAAAAGCCCUUCAGCUUGAGGAAGAGAGGAGACGAGCGGAGAAGGAAGCUGAGCGCCUGGAGACUGAGCGGUUGGCUGCUCUCCAAGCCAAAGAAGAGCUGGAGAAGCAAACUGUUGACCAGAUGAAGAGCCAGGAACAGCUGGCUGCAGAGCUUGCAGAAUACACAGCCAAGAUUGCUCUUCUGGAAGAGGCAAGGAAGCGUAAAGAGAAUGAGGUUGAAGAAUGGCAACACAGGGCCAAGGAAGCCCAAGAUGACCUGGUGAAGACAAAAGAAGAGCUACAUUUGGUAAUGACUGCCCCACCUCCUCCUCCACCAGCCCCUGUCUAUGAACCAGUGAAUUACCAUGUCCAUGAUAACUUGCAUGAUGAAGGAACAGAAUAUUCAGGCUACAGUGCAGAGUUCUCAAGUGAAGGCAUUUUGGGUGAUCGCAAUGAAGAGAAACGCAUUACUGAAGCAGAGAAGAAUCAGCGUGUUCAGAGGCAAUUGAUGACACUGACAGAUGAGCUGGCCCAGGCCAGGGAUGAAAACAAGAAAACCCACAAUGACAUGAUCCACACAGAGAACAUGCGACAGGGACGUGACAAAUACAAGACACUGAGACAGAUCCGGCAAGGCAACACCAAGCAGAGAAUCGAUGAAUUUGAGGCCAUGUAAGCGCACUUUACAGACAAGAAAGCAAGACUAUGGGAAAGGCAGAUCUUAGCAUAUGUUCUGCCUUUUCUGAGGGGUCACUGUACAACAUCUAAAUAUCUAUAAAUAUAAAAUGUUCUAAACUUAGAGAAUCUCCCUUCAGUUUUUACUAUUCAAAUGUUGUGACUGUCCACUGAGUCUGUCAACCAAGCAAUGUAAUCCUGGUAACUUUAACUCGUUCAUAUACUAGUGCCAAAAGGCCUAAAGUCACAUCUGUUUGGUUUGUUUUCAAGCAGGGUUUACUUUAAUACUACAUCCUUCUAUUCAUAAAUAUAUAUGCUGUGAUAGGUUGUACAUCUGGAUUCAGUUUUUUUUUUAAAUGAAAACAAUGCUGUUAGGUGAAUUUUGUGCCAUAUCUUUGCAUUCUGUAGUACAGCAUAUAGUCAGACUAAUUCUGCUUUGUCAGCAAAGAUCUGCAGGUCUUUGUUUAUAAUUUUACUAAAUGGUACCAGCAGAGCGAUCUGAAAAUCGGUUGUUUCUGCAUAAGUGUGAGCGCUCUUUUUUUUUUUUCUUUGUUACUCUGUUCAAUUGGAGAUAUUCUGGCAGUGAUCACUCAGAAGAAAUGCAGUAUAGGAACACUCUUUGAUACCCUCCUUGCAUAGGUAGGCAAAUAUAUUCUGUUGGACUCAUACUUGAUGAUAUACUCCAGCUUAAUUAAUGAUCAGCUGUAGUGUAGUAUUUAUAUAUAGAUAUAUGGAUUGUAACACUAGUUUAAAAAGGGAAAAAGUUUUGCUCUGUAUAUUUUGUUACCUUUUUCAGAUUUAUUAAAAUGAACUGCACAUGUAAAAUUUGCCUAAACAAUAUACUUAAGUCUGUGCUACAGAAGCAGUGUAUGAAAUGAUUAUUUGCUAUAAAACGUUAUCUGUAAAGAUGACCUUUUUACUUCAAAGAAAAUUGUGAUAUGCACAUGAUUCAGUAUAUACAAUCUUACUGCACCUAUUUUUUUCUAACAAAUUUUCUAAUUUUUUAAAUAUUUGAUUUAAUAUUUCAGACUCCAACUAUGAAGGGACUCUUUGUUUAUAUCCCCCUUGUGUUCUGUCCAUUAAAAGAGCAUUUAUCCAUUUCCAUUUACCUUCUCCCCAUAUUUGAAAAUUUGUUAAAGGUCACCGUAUAUUGUUGGUUUUGCUCCUCCAUUCACUACACCUAUUCUGCUUUAUACUCUUAACAUUAAACUUUUAUAGCAAAGUGUUGUGAGUUUUUUUGCAACACAUGAAUAUAAAUAAAAGAUCUGCGAGGUAA